AUGAAGCACAUACAGCAGCAGCUGCAGGAAGUUCAAGCUUCCAUGGGUGCCGCCAAAGUUCGCUCUGAAGGGGAGGUGGCAGCUUGGCAGGCCAUCUUUGCAGAUGCCCGGGAGGCGAGCGAAAGAGUGGCAAAGAAACAUGCUGCUCAGAAGGUCCAGAAGCAGGAGCUGGAACUUGAAGCAAAGCACCUCCAGGAACUGCUGGAGGAUGUCAGUGAAGAGAUCAAGAAACUCCAUACCGUGCAGAGCGGACUGGAAGGGGAACGGUUGCAAGCAACUGAGCGUGUAAGGGGCGAGCUGGCCAGGAUCGAGGCUCACGGACGGCAUGGGCAGCUUGAAGCAGAGCUGGUAUGUGCCAGGCGGCGUGUCGAGGAGCUGCGAAUGGAAUGCGAGUCUGAACGACGGAGGUGUUGCAAAUUGGUGGCUGACCUGCCACCAGCCGAGCAGCGAACCAGCGGUCGCUACUGA